AUGAAUAUAACUAUUCGAGAAAUUCAUAUCAAAGUAGCACAACAUAUGAUACAGCCAAAUAUGGAAAUCGAACAUUCAACAGUACGAAAUAUAGUGAUGCAAAUGAAUAUGGGCGAAUAUAUUCUCUCAUUUGAUUUAUUCACUAUUGAUAAAUGUCGAAGAAAUGAAUUUGAUAUUGGUCGUUCUAUGUUAAUAGUUCAACGAUGGUUAAAAAAAUAUGUUCAUGAUGUAUUAGAUGAAAUUUUACAUGUUAAAUAUCAAUUGAUUUAUACUGUUGGUGGUCAACAACAAGUUGAUGGAGGUGCAGAACGUUGGAAAACUAUUCAAACAAUUCUUGAAUUCGGUAAAAAACAUGCUGCCGAUAUUUCAAAAUGUUUCUAUGAAAAUGUUUGUUAUAAACCAUCUAAACGAAAAAAAACACAUUUAUCAGUUGAAUAUCUCGUUCAUAAAUUUCCACGUCUUGAUCUUCAAUUAUUUCUCAUUAUUCGUGAUUUAUUAUCAUCAGAAGUUUUAUUAGUUGCUUUUACAAACCGAUAUCGAGUUAAUUAUGGUGUCAACCCAAGUUCUUGUUUUAAUCGUUUAAUGGCUGUACUAUUUCUUGCAAAAGAUGCUGUAGCUGAUAGAACCGGAUUCAGUCAUCCAGAUGUUGUCUUAGUAUUAACACAACUUUCAUAUUACUAUUCAGGUUUAAAUGAAG